AUGCACGAUUGGACACUAUUUCAAUAUGGUUUUCAUAUGACUGAUGAGAAUUUAAAACAUUUUCAAAUUAUUAAAACAAUCCAUUCAAAUGAAAUUGGCUGGACAUUAGGUUAUAUGAUAAAUCAAACAAAUUAUUUGGAUCCCAAACAUCGGCCAACACGUUUAUUAACAAAAAGAGAAUAUCAUGGUUUAUUAGUUUCAUGUAUUCUAUUGUUGAUUAUCAGUUUGAUCGUAACGGCUAGUCUCAGUAUGGUUCGAUGGUAUCAUAUAGCAUUAGUCUUAGCAACGGUUGUUGGAUUUUUAUCACUUGCUGCUGUUAUUACAAUGAUUGUGCUUUGGUUUAUUAAACUAACACCAUUUCGAGAUUAUGCUGUAGUUAUUGAUGCUGGUUCGUCUCAUUCAACAAUUUUCGUUUAUACGUAA